GUACAAACAAAUACUGAGUAGCAAGAACUGACCUUUCAAAAUGAAUGCAAGGAACCCAAAGUUUGUUGUGGUUUGAGAAAUUUGCCUCCGUAAUUGUGGUAGGAGAUGUUGUAGUAUGGCUGGAUAUUCUCUCUUCCUGGAGAGAGCGUUGGAAAAGAUAUUGAGUGACCGAGAGACACGGCGAUCGCAGCAUGCAAAGCUCAAGCAAAAAUGCGAACAAGCUCUUGAGCGGUUACAAGCUGCUUGCAAGACUAGAAGCCCUGGCAGCAGGCAUUCGAUAUCCACCGCCCCAUCAGUAUCUGAUGUAGAAUACUACUAUCUUGUACUGGAGCAUGUCUGCCAAUCGCGCUCACCUCGUCUGGUCAGCACUGCUUUGGACUGCUUGCAGAAACUUAUUGCACCAGGAUACUUGACUGGUCUGUCACCAGACCCUGAAGAUCCUACCAAGCCACUUGGUGAUCGCAUAGUCGACACUAUUUGCUCAUGCUUCAGUGGGGCAAGCACUGAUGAAGAUGUGCAGCUACAAAUCAUCAAGGCAUUGUUGACGAUGAUGACGUCGGGUACAUGCUCAGUGCAUGAGGGUUCUCUCCUGCAAGUCAUACGUACCUGUUACAAUAUCUUCCUGGCAUCCAAGAAGCCCAUCAACCAGGCAACGGCUAAAACCACGCUCACCCAGGUCAUUCAUGCCAUUUUCCAGAGAAUGGAGCAGCAAAAGGAGGAGUCGGUUCAAGAUGCUCAAUCUAUGCGUGAAUCAGGUGCUAUUGCCACGACUAGCACACCAACACCUAGUUCCAACACUCGACUAGAUCGACCCAGCCUCCCAGUUGCAUCCAUGGGUGGUACCUCGCCUGGCUUGGUACACAGAAAUAACAUGUCUGUGUUGCAGUCACCCACAGGGGGUGCUGAAUCGAGUGUGGACCGUGCACUCACUGUCCCUAGCGACCAUGAGAUCAUGCAGGAAAUUGCGGCUACCAGUGGUCAGCAUACCAUGUUUGGAAGCCAGGAGUUGCGUUCUAAUCCUGGCUCUGCGCUGCGACCAAACUCUCAAGCAAGAUUUCCCUCAAGCAAGGUAUCACCAAACAUGUCACAUUCCUCUUCAAAGUCCUCUUCAAAGUCGGAGAGUUUCUCCGAAGCAGACACCAGUGGUGUUUUCCUGCCACCAAGUACACACCAUGAGGAAACCGGUGUAGUGUCUGAAGGAAACGGAUCGCCAGUGCGUGAUACAAGCAAAGGCGAUGGCGCCACCAAGGCCCGUGAUACUGGCCAAGAGGCUCGUACUGUCAGAGAUGGUUCGCAAAGUGUUGACGGUGAAGAUACAGAUGGCACGGCCUUACCGGAGCCAAGUGAUAGUGCUACCGGCAGGUCCGGUGCAGUUCGACCACUACAGGGAGUGCCAGCAUCGCAGGAGUAUGCUGCCGACUCGCUUGAUGACAACAACGGCGCAUCGAAUGCAGCCAAGACAGAGAUUAGCAGUGAAGCUGGCUUGGCACAACACUGUGACACACUUCCUGAAAGUGUAACUCCCAGAAGGUCAGAUUCCGCUGUAGAUCAGAGCUCUGUAGCCGUGGAGGUUCAACAGGUUCUCAGUGAGAUUGUGGACAGAGUGUGCAAUGCAGCUGAUGCUAGUGAAUCACCGCCCAGAGUACCAUCACGUGCACUCUCUCCAGUCAACUCAAUGACAAUAGUGGGUCCCAAUACUGUGGCCUACGUUGCAUCAGACACUGCUGGUGUACCAGCAACUGAGACAAGCAGUAAACCGAGCAGUGACGUUGCCAACCAAUCGUUUGAAGCUAGCUGGGGAUUUGAGCACGUCGUACAAAAGGAUGCGUUCCUGGUAUUCCGCUCCUUGUGCAAACUGUCCAUGAAAGCUAUCGAAUCACAUGAUCCACGUUCACAUGAGCUACGAAGCAAAAUUCUCUCCCUGGAAUUGCUGCUGAGUGUGCUGGAAGGAGCCGGCCCUAUGCUGCGUACUGAUCCGAUGUUUAUCAAUGCCAUCAAGCAGUAUCUGUGUGUUGCACUCAGCAAGAACGGUGUCAGCAGUGUGCCGCAAGUCUUUGACCUCUCACUCUCCAUUUUCCUGGCAUUGCUCUCGAACUUCAAGGAUCAUUUGAAGAUGCAAAUUGAAGUGUUUUUCAAGGAAAUCUUCCUCAACAUCUUGCAGAGUACUACCAGUUCGUUCCAGCACAAACUACUAGUGACUCUUGCACUGCGCAAGAUCUGCAAUGAUGCCCAGUGUAUUGUAACAAUCUACUUGAACUAUGACUGUGAUCUAUCACUGGCGAACAUAUUUGAGCGGUUGGUCAGUGACAUAGCUCACAUAGCACAGGGAUCCAAUGCUGUCUUGCUCGGUCAUCCAACACCACAGCAAGAGAAAGCCAUUCAAUAUGCCGGAAUGGAGUGUCUGGUUGGUAUUCUGAAGAGCCUGGUAGCCUGGAGUAGUGACCUGUAUGUAAAACCAGGUGUAGCUGCCCUAGCUCAGCAGAGUGCUGGAUACGAGACGGCGUUUCCUCUAACACGCGAUCCUGUUUCUCCGCGGUUGACCAGGAGAACACUGCCACUUGCUCGCUCUGACACCAGUCCGAACCCCGGUCCUAAAGGUGGACGUGUACAUGAGAGCCCCGUGGAAAGUGCGUCGUCUUCUCAAUCUCUUGGUGGAUUGGAUCUUCCUGAAGAGUUUGAAGUUAUCAAGAAGAAGAAGGAUGUCAUAGAGGAGGGUCUAGUGAAGUUUCACAAGAAGCCCAAGCAUGGCAUGAAGUUCUUGCAGGAGAGAGACAUCGUGGGUCGUGAGCCAAGCGACGUAGCUCUUUUCUUCCACUCGGAUGAUCGCCUUGACCCAGUCUCUAUUGGUGAAUACCUUGGCGAAGCUGACAAGUACUGUAUUGAAGUUAUGUACAGCUACGUAGAUUUACUCGACUUCACCGACAUGGAGUUUGUGCCGGCGCUCAGGAUGUUCCUGGCUGGAUUCCGACUGCCCGGCGAGGCGCAGAAGAUCGAUCGCCUGAUGGAAAAGUUUGCCGGUCGCUACUGUGAAACCAACGCAUCGACGUCAGUGUUUGCCAGUGCUGAUACUGCUUAUGUCCUGGCAUACUCCAUCAUCAUGCUGGCUACGGAUUUACACUCAACUAAGAUCAAGCGGGAAAACAAGAUGACCAAAGAACAGUACAUCAAGAUGAACCGUGGCAUCAAUGAUCAGAAGGAUUUACCAUCAGAGUACCUAGAGAGUAUCUAUGAUGAGAUUGCCAAGCAAGAGAUCACGCUACGCGGUGGCAAUAAGUCCAAAGCGCCUGCACCCGCUGGCAUUACUGACAAGACACGCCAGCAACUCAAUGAUGUAGAGAUGGAGCAGAUGGCACAGACUGCCAAGGCCAUGAUGGAAGACCGAAGCCAUGUUCAGAGUCACUUUAUCAUCGCCACUCGCACCGAACACGCCAGACCAAUGUUCAAGGUUGCAUGGACGCCGUUCCUGGCUGCACUGAGUGUUGCAUUGCGUGAAGACGCUCAUGAGACUAUUGUUGCUCUGUGCCUGGAAGGAUUCCGUGCAGCAAUACGAGUUGCAGCUAUAUUUGAUGCGAAGCUGGAGCGUAAUGCCUUCGUUCAAACCUUGGCCAAGUUCACGCUACUAACAAGCAUGUCUGGUGUUGGUGAGAUGAAGCCAAAACACAUUGAGACCGCCAAAAUACUCAUCAGUGUUGCUGACACCGAAGGCAAUUACCUGCAGGGCACCUGGGCUGAUGUUCUUAAUGUUGUGUCACACCUGGAACUGGCACAAGCCGUGGGUAACGAUCGGCAGCGCUUGAGAAAUGGCAGUAUCUCAGUGGCCACUAGUAGUUCAACUAUUGUGGCAGCAGCUGCUGCAAGUGCAAACUCGAGCAGUGGUGGAGGUGGUGGCAGUGGCCGCGACUCUGCAUCCGCACAAAGUAGUCUGGAACUCCGCGAUUGUGCAGCUUGGGAGAAGGUGGAUUCCCGAACGUUAGACGAAGCUAUCUCUCAGACUGUAGUCGUUGCUAUUGACAGGAUUUUCACCAACUCUAACCUGCUGGAUGGGAAUGCCAUAUUGGAUUUCGUCAAUGGGCUGAUUGGUGCUUCGUUUGCUGAGCUGGAAAGCAGACCCGCUCCUAGGAUGUUCAGCUUGCAGAAGAUAGUGGAGAUCUCCUACUACAAUAUGGGCCGUAUCCGUUUGGAAUGGUCACGCAUCUGGGCAAUCAUUGGUGAAUACUUCAACAGGGUUGGUUGCCACAGUAACGAAGAUGUUGCUGUCUUUGCUAUUGACUCACUGCGCCAACUCUCGAUGAAGUUCUUGGAAAGGGGAGAGCUGGCCAAUUUCCGCUUUCAGAAGGAUUUCCUGCGGCCGUUUGAAUACAUCAUGAAGCGCAAUAUGUCUCCGAAGAUCCGUGACAUGGUUGUUAGCUGUAUGGCCCAGAUGGUACACAGCCAUGCCAAGAACAUCAGAUCUGGCUGGAAAAACAUCUUUGCUGUGUUCCACCUGGCUGCGUCUGACCAUGACCCACAAAUCGUGGAGUUGGCCUUUGAAACCACCUCCAAUAUCUUCGAGAAGCAUUUUGCAGCAACAAUAGCCGCAUCGUUCCAGGAUGCUGUCAAGUGCCUGGCCGAGUUUUCUUGCAAUGCAGCGUUUCCAGACACGAGCAUGGAGGCCAUACGUCGUAUUGACAUGUGUGCACGGUGCGUAGCUAAUCAACCACACCUCUUCAGAGAUACUGCAACGAUGGAGGACACUAUGGAUGCAGAGGAUCGUGUCUGGGUCAGGGGCUGGUUUCCUGUGCUCUUUGAGCUGAGCUGUAUUAUCAGUCGGUGUAAACUGGAUGUCAGAACACGUGCCCUGACUGUCAUGUUCAACAUCAUGAAGACGUAUGGUGCUAGUUUCCUCAAUCACUGGUGGCGCGAUGUCUUCAACAUCAUCUUCAGGAUCUUUGAUAAUAUGAAGCUGCCAGAGCAGCAGAUGGAGGAGCUACACAAUGAACUUCCUUUCCCCAAACAAACUGAACUGGAGUUGAAAACUGAGUGGAUGACGACAACGUGCCCGCACACACUAAUGUGCAUCGUUGAUGUGUUCAGUCAGUAUUUUGAAGUACUUGCACCAGUGUUGCUGGAUAACCUCUACAGUCAGUUCUCAUGGUCGGCUCAGCAAGAUAACAAGGAACUUGCUAUCGCUAGUCUGGAUUGCUUGGAGAGCUUUGUGACUACUAAUGGCCGUCACUUCUCUCGCCUGUACUGGGACAAGACAGUGGACUGUCUGGAGAAGAUAUUCAGUGCUACACUGCCACAGGCACUGCUCAUGUGGAGAUCAGAAGAUACCGGUGAUCCAGGAUCACCAUAUGAUGUUCCAAUGAUUCACAUUCACAUACCUCGCAAAGCGUCCAUACAGAACAUGGUACCAUCAGUGACAGAGACGCGUGAAAGCUUCCAUUCCAGCAAGACUGGCAGUGCAGCAGUGGCUGUCACCACACAAUCACCCAAGAGAGUAGCACCGCAUGGGUCCACUGAAGACGGCGGCGUCGCUGAUGAUGCUCAGCUGGAUACGCCACGUUCUGCUCGUUCCGGUAGAAUCCACCAUCGUCCUCCGUCCCCUAGUGAAGACGAUUCUGAAAGAUCUGCUUUAUCGAUGACUGCAAUGCCGUCAGAUGAUGAGCGUGCACUGGAUGCUCGUGAGAUAGGGACCGACGUUGAUGCCAACGCUUCCGCUAUGGAUGGCAGCAUUAAUGCUUAUCCACGUGAUGCAUCGGAGUCACCGGACUUUGAGGGGCCACGCACUAGUUCGGAUGACAAGCAGCGAGUGUUUGGCACAUUGGAUGUACGCUGUCAUGUUCAGCAAUGCCUAAUCCGUGCUAUAGAUCACAUCAUCUUUACGUCGGUUGGUAGUAAACAUCAAGAUCAGCGGUUGUUCUAUGCAGCUGCUAAGGAGGCAUCUCAUUUGCCUAUACCCAGCACAACACAAGGGCCCGUGUCAGCUAAAUCUUCACCUGCUCACUUCUUGCAGAGUGACACAACAAAUACUAGCAAUUCCAGUGGAUCGCCAGAGGCAAUGUUCCCACAGCUGAGCAGCGCACAGCUAUUGCGGCUAGUCUACCUGCUCAUGGCGUCGCAUGACUUUGCUAAACUCUUCAAUGCUGACAAUGAACAAAGAGCUGCAUUGUGGAAGGCGGGUUUCCAAGGCAAGUCCAAGAUCAACAUGUGGAAGCAAGAAACCCAGAGUCUACUGUGUGUUCUGAGAAUUCUCUUCUCCAUGCUGGCAUGCCAGCAGCAUGCCUCCUGUGCGCUGGCUGUGGAGGAAACCCUCAUCAACAUAUGGCAGAAUGCGGUGGCGUACUACUGCACACUGGUGUCAUUGAAUCAUCGCACAGAGUGGCUACCGGUGCUGCUCUUUCUCAUUGAUAACUUGAAACGACUUGAGCCAAUCAGGUUUGACCGUCACUUGUUCCAGCCCGGUGCCAAGAUUCUCUACAAGAUGGUGACAGUUGACAUGCAGGCAGAGCUGCGUUGUGUCCUGCGUGACCUGCUUGAACGCAUGCAUGACCGUGCGUGCUGCUUAAGAUCCGCUGCCCACCAGCCUGCUAAGGCCGCGGGAGCAGCAGAAUCAGCAAUGAAGAAUCCCCUGCAACAGCAGCAGCAACAACAGCAGCAGCAGCAGCAGUAGCCAGUGUACUGAACGCAUUUUUUGUCUGUUUGUGUACUUGUAUACAUCCAGCAGAGGCUUGAUCUGUAGCGAUAGCUUGUCUUUAUUUCAGGUUUCGGCAGAGUUUCCGAACGGCUUGAGCAGCUAGUCUACAAUGACAUUAUGUAGCAGGUAUGUCCAUGUACUUAGUCCUAUCUCAUAUCCCAUUGGUCUAGGCAUGGUGUGUUUGUUUGAAUUGUUGCAUCGUCUAUUUUCUCUAUUUUUCUCUACGCGAUGGGUAUAUCAGUACUAUUUUUACUCUUCUCGGGCCGCAAUGCUUGCUGUCAUAUUUGCACUUUACCCUUAUUGCUAUGUGCUGUGUUUGUCUUUUUAGUCUGCUUAGUCUGUCCGUUGUCACCUAGAGAAUUUUGAAGUGCAUAAAUCACCUAUGCCGUGUGCCUCUCUACCUAGCUUAUCAGCUAAUAUUUCCUGCCGCCGAAGCAACCAUAGCUGCAGCAGUAGUAGCGAUAAAAGCAACUUCAAUGAUAUACGCAUUAAAAACAAAUACUCAAAUACUCAAAACAUUUCUCUUGCUCCAACAUGUGCCAGUUUCUUUUUCUAUUCUGUUUUCUAACAUUGCUCUAUUCAGCAAUGUAGCCACUCUAUAUGAUGGCCCGCUUUGUGUGUCCGAGUAUUUGUUCUUCCGUUUGUGAUGGUCAGACUCUAUCCGAAAACUCAUCAACAAGGAUUAUGUGUCUGUUGCCAAUGCCCCACCCCCUCUGCUCAUGAAAUUUUCUUGCAUGCGCUAAUCGUGACUCAUCAUGUUUGCUAUCCCAUGUGGCUAUGUCACUUUCCAUCAUUUUACUUUUCUGUCUUGUUGCUGGGCAAUGAUGCUGAUAUUUUUCUCCUUUGCUUUCUGCUCCACGCCAUUUUACUGCAGUGUCAGGGAUGAAUCAACCCUGCGAUAAGUUAUGUAGACAUUUUAUUCUCUUUUCAUUUUGCUUACAACUCACAUGAGUUGUACAUGUGUCCGAUACCGGUCCAUCAUAACACUUCCUUGCUAGUCCGAUACCGGUCCAUGCAUCAUAACACUUCCUUGAAUCAUGUACAGUCGUGUUCUUUGGGAAUGCCAUAGUCAUGACUACUGUUCAGUA